CUCUCUUCUGUAUUCUGUGUUUGGUUUACACAGAAAAAAAAAAUGGAUGACUUGAUGGAAACAGAUGAAGAAUUAAUGGAUUUCACCUUAGCUGAGGCUAUGGAAAUGACCACUUUCUUUAAAGGAUUGAAAGGAAAAUCAAUCAGUCAAGAGUUGUGUCAAGAAUUUGCUACCAAGUUUAGUUCUUCGCCAUUUCGUACUGGGAAAUCUUUAAUAAAAGGGGAACAGGUGCAAAGUUGGUUUCUUGAUAAGAAAAAACCAAAAGCAGCUGAAGUCCCUGUUGAUGAUUAUGUAGAACAUGUUGAUGAUUAUGAUGAACCUGUUGUUCCUAAACGACGAGGAAGAAAACCAAAAUCUAAAAACGCAAGUUCAUCUCUGGUGGUCUACAAAAAAUACGAUGCUUGUGGUUACACAAGACUCCCAGAAUGUGCAUAUGACAUGCCUCAGAGGCCCAGAGUUUCUGCAGCAGAGAUGGCCAAAGAACUCACAGGGUUGGCUUUUGAAGCUCUGUCAGCAAAGGAUUUAGCUUGGUAUGAUGUGGCCUCAUUUCUCAACUUCAGAGUUCUUUACACAGGCGAGCUUGAAGUUCGUGUAAGAUUUGCUGGCUUUGGUAAUGAAGAAGAUGAAUGGGUGAAUGUUAAAAGGGGAGUACGUGAACGUUCUGUUCCCUUAGAGCCCUCAGAAUGUGUCAAGCUGAGCGUUGGAGAUCCUGUGAUGUGCUUCAGGGAAGAUGAAUAUCUCGCAGUAUAUGGUGACUCAGAGGUUGUGGAGAUCCAAAGGAAUUUACAUGAUAGUACAAGAUGCACGUGCAUCUUUGUCGUCCGCUAUGACUUAGAUAAGGCUGAGGAGAAAAUUACACUCGACAAGAUGUGUUGCAGACCAAACUUCACCUAUAACAAGAACAACAACAACGACAACACACCCAGUGAAAUUCCAUUAGUGGAGUCUGAGGAGGAUAGGAUGUAGUAAACUCGUGUCAAUGAGCUUCAAAUGCCAGAUGGUUAAACAAAGAAAGUACACCUUAGUCACUAAGCAUCCAAACUUGGGAUAGCAGGAUAAAGUGUUUCUACUCGUGUAUUACGCUGAAUUGUGUGUCUUGUACAAGUUUCAUGAAAACAAUGGUGAAUAACUGUAACUCGAUGGUUGGUAGAAUCUUGAACAGUGAUAAACUCACUGGGCCAGCACAUCCGGGGAGUUGUGCUGGAAUUUUGGAUGUUGGAAGCAAUGUAAUAUUUAGCAUUCCCUUUGCUUGUU